CAUCUCCUGGACUUCACCUUAUUGCAUCGCAGAAGGUAGCACUCUUCACAUAUCAAACCCAUUUUGGGAGCCCUUUCAGCCACUGCACUUCAAAGUUAAAUUCAGCAGAAUCGAAAAAAUAGCCAACUUGCGGGCUUGAUGUGGCAUGACAACGCUUCCAGAUUGGCCCAUGUCAACAUAUUACGAUUUCAACAGAACCCGUUAGAACUGUAAUGUUUUCUGUGCACUCUUGCAUUACGAAUAUAACCUAAUUGGUCAUAAGGUUACAGUUUUGUUAAAGACAAGAUGAUUUAAGCUAUAUUUUGUUUUGUUGUAUUUCAGCCCUUUGCCUCCUCCAUGAUAUACAGAUAUCUUUCAAUUUAUGAAAGUAAUUUGUUCCGUGAAAACUGUUCAUAAGGUGAAAAUUCUUAAAUUGAAAGUGAAAUUCCUAUUACUUUACAUAUGAAAGUCACCAAACAAGUUGUUUGUUGUAGUGAAAAUAAAGUUCAUUAAGUAAAAAUCAGUAGAAACUAACAUGCUUCAUUGUAGUGAAAAUUUAUGAAACGAGGGAUACCAGGACCUGUAAUAUCUAUGUGUAAAUGGGGCACAUACAUUGAACAUUUAUGGCGUUAUAUUCUUAAGGAUGUGUAGCCUCAGAUGUACCUCAGCUUGUGACAUGGGCCACCAACCGAAAUAACUGAAGAGCACUGUCCUGUGACUUGUGUUGCACUGUCGUCUGGUAGAAGCUCACUGACGGUCAAGGUCUGCUUCCUGCUUGCUGGCAUGGCAUCCUCUGGUGCCGAAGAUAUCAACAAAUAUCCUGCAAACCGAAAAUGGACAGCGGAAGAUUUCUAGUAAUCGGUACAAUGUUCGUGACAGUUGUUGCAGCUAGUGACACUCCGUGUCCACAAGUCUGCACUUGCCCAUCUCGUUACAGGACGGAUUGCUGCAAUUCAUCACUGACACGCAUACCCAAAGAUCUUCUUAGUGACGUGAAGUUUCUCAACGCAUCUGGUAACAACUUUCGUUCACUCGAGAAUGGAGUGUUCAGCGUUCACCGUAUCAAAAUACUUGACCUCAGCAACAACAUGAUAUCCACAAUAGAAAAGGAGGCUUUGACAGAACUGGAGGACCUGAUAUAUCUGUAUCUUGGAAAAAACGAAAUUGUCUCUCUGGAGGAAGAUGUCUUCAGGAUGAAUAACAGGCUUGAAUUUCUCAAGUUAGACAAUAACAAUCUCGACUUUCCAGUCAGUAGAUCUUUCCUCAAUAUCCCAUCCCUCAGAUCACUCGACAUGUCUUCAUGCAAUAUUAGAUCUCUUCCGGAGAACACGUUUGUAAGGGUACCAAAUCUUGAGGAGCUCAGACUGUCCUAUAAUCUGUUACAAACUCUGGAUCCUGGAUUAUUCCUACCUUUAAAAUCACUCAGAUCUCUGUACCUGACUGAUAACUUGCUAAGAACUCUACGAGGUGAUUUAUUUAUAACGUUGAAAGAGUUGUUAGUUGUGGAUUUGUCGAAUAAUAAAUUACAGACACUUGAUUCUCGGGCAUUUAUGUUUCUGGAGAAUGUAGAACUUUUGGAAUUGUCAGGUAAUCAAUUGAAGAUAUUAGAAGUUGGCGUGUUUACUCCAUUGGUAAGCUUGAAGAGACUUCAUUUGCACAAAAAUCUACUCAAUAAACUGAACGGGGGCCAAUUCUCCGAGUUAAAUAACCUCGAAGUUUUGGAUCUUUCCGGGAACCGCUUGGACAAUGCACAACUGCAUACAGUAUGUCAUCUCAGCAACCUGACGUAUUUGAAAGUGUCUGAGAACCAUCUGACAUGCAACUGCGAAUUAUGGGAAUUUAGGAAGUGGGGAAUGAAGAAAGGGGUACGGAUCUUGUCGGCAUGCGAGGAAUUAGACUUCGAAUUUUCCGACAAUAAAUUUGAAUCCUUCAAAUUUAACAAAUCCUGCAAUAAAACUUUCUGUGACGCAGAAUAUGUGACGGAGUUUCCAGUAAAUAUGCUUUCUCGUAUAUACGUAUACGUUGUAAUAGUUGCAGCUCUGCUGCUGUUUCUUAUUGUCUGUGGCAUCACAACAUACGUGGUGUUCAGACACCGCAAGGAAUUCUGCAAGCGAAGAAACAUCCAGGUUUGUGUUACGCAUCAGAACACAGCCACUUCUCUGUCGGGACGUCACCAUGAACACACUGCGCGUUUGCAACUCCAGCAGGAACUUCAGAAAGAGUUGCGCCGUCAACAUCAUGACACGUUCCUGAAGAAUCGGGUUCAAAGAGGACGGAGCGCGAGCCUGAAGACACUUCAUGUAGCCGAACACCAAAAUGUUCGUCACUCCUACCACGAAUGUCGCCUUCCUUCGGUUGCAGACGAUGAAAGGGAAUUCUCAAACGCUGACACACUUCCUGCCAACAGCAGAACGUCUGUUUUCCUUGCAAGAGAGGCUACACGCCCCAUAAAACAGGAACGUUUGAAAACGUCAAAGAACCAUUCUGUUUCAGAACCUAAAAUCAAAGACUGCCUUAAGAAUUCCACAGUUAAUGAAACAAACUCACAUAAAGAUUUAAAUCCACAAUCUGUUUCCUCACUGGAAUGUCAAACCACGACAGAAGCGCCCAAAUUCGAAAGUGUUUAUGACGUAUCUUCUUCGGAGUCCGAAACUGUGACUGUUGACAAAUUAUGACCUUCAAGAGAAAUUCAGCAAGAAUUUGAUUGCAAAUUCAGUUCGGAUUAGAUCUACUCUCAAAGCAGAAGCAGCGUACCCGUCUGCACGGCGUCACAUCGACGCCUCGGGCUUCACGUCACUUCUCUGUGUGCCUGAAAUCCGUACUUUGGCAUCAUUUUGCAGCAGUGAAUUGUUGCUGUCAAGAACACUCGUUUAUUUCUUUCUUUGCUAUACUCUCUCCUCUUCCGGAGUAGCGUCGGUAUAGCGACCGGCUACGGGCUGGUCGAGUUCGAGUUCCUGUAGGGUCGGAAUUUUCUUUUCUCCAUAUC